AGCUCCUUUGCGUCAGUAUAAUAUUGUCGGUUUAGUUGCUGAGAUCGAGCUUUGUAGCAGACGCUAAAAGCAUGUCCGGCCGUGGGAAGCAGGGAGGCAAGGUCCGAGCCAAGGCCAAGUCGCGCUCGUCGCGGGCUGGGCUUCAGUUUCCCGUCGGUCGUGUCCACCGGUUGCUCCGGAAAGGUAACUACGCCGAGCGGGUGGGCGCCGGCGCGCCCGUCUACCUGGCGGCCGUGCUCGAGUACCUGACGGCCGAGAUCCUGGAGCUGGCGGGCAACGCGGCCCGCGACAACAAGAAGACGCGCAUCAUCCCCCGCCACCUGCAGCUCGCCAUCCGCAACGACGAGGAGCUCAACAAGCUGCUGGGCAAGGUGACGAUCGCGCAGGGCGGCGUGCUGCCCAACAUCCAGGCCGUGCUGCUGCCCAAGAAGACUGAGAGCCAUAAAGCUAAAAGUAAAUAAGUUCGGCGAGCAAAGCUACUCAGACUUAGCACGAGAUUUUAAACCAAAGGCUCUUUUCAGAGCCACCCACAGAGUCAGAAAAGAGUUGUGUUGCUUUCUUUACAAAGGUGCUCUCGUGCUAUCUUUAAAUGCAACUUUAACUAAAACGAACUUGUGUUGCAUUAUUUUAAACUUUUGUUUCUACAGAAGAGGGGUCAUUUGCUUUCUAACUCUCCCUAUUUUGUUGAAAAUACUAUCAGUUUGAAAUUAUUUGGGGUUUUUUUCCUUGUAACAGUAAAGCACUUAUAUUUUCA